CACCAGGGAGUGUAGUUUCUUUUUCAUUUUCUAGACUUCUUGUUCUGCUGUUGGCGGCCCAUUGAUUCACUGCUUUGUGUUUUUAUAACUAAAGAAAAUGGAGGAAAUUGUCUCACAUGACGGAGCUGAAAUUCAGCCUGAACCCACUGGCCCUCUGUCUCCAUCCAUCGACGUUCCUCCCACACUGAGAGAUAGUGAGUGUUACCAUGUCUUCAUUAGCUACAGCAGCACUGACUACCAGUGGACCCACUCCCUCAUCGAGCAGCUGGAGUCCUGCGGCCUGCAGGUCUGCUACCAUGAGCGUGACUUCACUCCAGGCCGCACCGUGUUAGAGAACAUGUCCGACUGCAUCCAGGAGAGCCAAAAGGUCCUGCUGGUUCUUAGUCAAGAGUUCGUGAGGAGCCGCUGGUGUCUCCUGGAGGCCAACAUGUCUCUGUUCAGAGACUGCCUGGAGAGGAAGCCCAUCGUCCCAGUGCUGCUGGAACCUGGAGUCUCUAUUCCUCUACACCUUUGCCACCUCACCUACCUGGAGGCCAGCGACCCUGAAUUUAAGAGCAAGCUGCUCAAGGUGCUCUGCACCCCCAACCAGCAACUGCAGGGCUCCACUGUGGUUCCCUUCCAGCCUCCCUCGAUCUACAAUGGGAAGGCCCUGCAGCCUUUGACAGCUGUAAAUGAUGAAAGGCUGAAUAAAUGGGAAGCAGGUUGGUUCAGUGACAUGGAGGUGCCAGACCAACUGCGCCUGAUCAUUGAAGACCACAACAAGUACAGAGAGGCUGUGAGGAUCCUCAACAGUGUCUCUGAGAAUACCAUGUACACUGUCACAGUAAGAUCACUUCUGUUAGUUAUUGUAUCAAUAGUGGUUUUUUCUUUAAGCGGUAUUAUUGGUUUAUUGAUAGAUAGGCUAAUUGUUGACUUGUUAUCAAAAAAGAAAACAGAGCUUUGGGUGUUCACUUUUCCCUUUCUGAUUUGUGUUAUAUUGGGGUCAUGUAUUCAGAUAGCUUUGUGGAAAAAGGAUGAAGUUAAGCACAUAGUGAGGGAGAUGCAAAAAGCUGUCGGCAAAGCAAACAUGAUCCUCUCUGAGGAGAAGGUGUUGAUGGGAUGUUGUUCCAAUUCUAAAAUCUAUCUGGUGUAUGUUUCUCUAGAUGGAUGUAAACAGGAGUUUGCAGAAACAUUUUCUAAGCAGGUUGUUGCUGAGGAAAUGUUUCAAAGAGCUCUGAUGUUCUUCUCACCAGGUUACGCCUGCUGCCUUGCUAAGAGGCAUUUUCCCUUUCCUAAAGCCAGCUCCACUGGUCACCUGGAGGGAGGAGUGUGUUUCUGUCAGUAUGUCUCACAGCAGCUGAGUGCAGAGACAUGGGAAUAGGAAAAAUUUGAUUAUUUUUCCCCUAUUAAUGGUGUGAGUAUUAAAUUAUGUUGUAGCUCCUUCUUAAAUUUUUUGUCUAAAAGUAGUCAGUCUAUAAUCUAACUGCAUGGGUAAAUAUUAAGUUCAGAUUUCUGAUUUGUUGCCUCUUGCCAACCAUGAUGUUUACAUGUCAGUAUGUGUUCCAGGAGCUGAUCAGAGGAGAGCUGGAGCAGAACUAUUGGAUGUUUAAAACAUAUUAACUGUUACACCUACGUAAGAAAACUGGUUUUACUCAAAUAACCUAACUGUAAAUAUUGUAACGCUUUUAAGGAGACUACCUUCAAGCACUACAACUCUUAAGCACUCUGGAUGUUAUCUUGUUUCCACUUAAAAUCACCUAAAUCUGUUAACA